UGCUACAUUUGUGAUUAUUAAGUAUACUGAACUGGACUAAGAAAACAGCUGUCGAAUAAUUUUUGUUUGUUGCGCAAUAAAUAAAAUAUCAACAUUAACCAGCCAAAAUAACCGAACAUACAGUUUCCCAUCGUCAUCUCAAAAAUCAUCAGGUUCAGCUCACAAUGUCGCAAAACAGUUUCAUGGACAAAUUACGAAUAUUUUUUGGCAUAAAACAGGAUCCGCCUAGAAAUGAUUUUAGAAACCCAAUUUGGAGUUCCGACGACGAAGAUGACGGUGAUGAACUAUACACCAGACACGAAAUGAACGAGUUCAAUGAUGCUAUGGACAUUCACCGAGAGUUCUCUAGACAGAUGCAUGAAAUAUUCCAAACCUUUGGCGCUAUGUUUGGGGACAUUAGGACCUUCUCUAACGAAAAUCCCUUCGAUUCUUUCACGACCAUCAACCCUCUUCCGCCAGAGCAAGGUGAAGGUGGACAAGAACAUUUCCCUGAAGGUAACAUACGGGACUAUUAUCUGAAGCCUGGCUACCACAAGCGCCCGCAAGAGCAGAUCAAAGAAGACAUAGAUUUAGAUGGUAAAGUAUCAUCAAAUGACAUAUCUGGAUUGCUCAAAUCAAAGAAAGAUAAACCAAUCGUUCCCGUCACCCCAUUCAAUGGAGAUUUAGUACCAGGUCGAUCAUUUUGUCAGACCAUCAUCACUACUAGUGUAACUAAGCCAGAUGGAUCAGUUGAGACCAGGCGGAUAGUGAAACGAGGCAAUGAAGUCGUUGAAGAGACAAUCACAUCCACUUCCACAGGAACUGACACACGACUGUCACCACUCAACCCAGGUUUGGAUAACUUGUCAACUCCUGGUCAUAUUUACAACAAUGUUCUGUCUGAACUUUCUUCACUAUUUAGACAUUUUUACUAAGAUUUAAUCCAAUUUAGUAUCUAGACCAUUUCAUGUAUUAGUUUAAGAUAACAAUCUGUAUUUUCCCUUUCAUGCAGAGGAAUAAUUUUUGAAAUUGAUAAUAACUUAAUAAUAUUUGCAUGUAUCUUUGCAAAAUAUAGAUGUUUAAUUAUAUAUAAAAAAUUAUUCCAUAUACUCUUGAUGUAAAGUAUCCACAAAAUUAAAUUAAGGCUCAAUUAUUUCUUGUGGACUUGAAUACUAUAGCAAAUAAAUUAAUUCCUGUAGUAAGUAGUCAGUAGCGUAGGAGCCUUUCAAAUAUUAUAAAUAUAGAUCAAACAAUUGUCAGCUUAUUUAUAAAUUAUGUCAUAAUACAUAAAUACGUACAU